AAUUACCCGGCAGCAUGUCUUAGCCGUUAAACCUCAGCCAAAACCCCCACUCGAAACUAUCACACCAACAAUGCUCUGCUUCUGCAGCUCCACAAAUGGCGGUGUCUGUUAAAACCCCGUCCAUUUCUCUCCACUCUGACCUACUCAAUCCCCAAGUCUCCAACUUUCAGACCUCCAAGUCCCUAAUUUUCUCAAACAGUACACAGAAAGCGCAUCAAUUUCCCCUCAGAAGAACCCGCAGUUCACUCCUUAGCUCCGCAGUCCACCCAACUGCUGACCCCAACUCACACCUCACCCAACUUUGCCUCCAAAACCAGCUAGACCAAGCCGUAACCUUCCUAAACACUUUACCAAAAGACCCACAAAGUAAUAUAGAUGAAGAAACAUUUAUUUCUUUAAUUAGGUUGUGUGAAUUUAAGAGGGCGUUAAAUGAAGGGGGUGUAAUAUAUGAGCAUAUUCUAAGCUUUAGGUCCCAGUUGAGUUUAAGGUUAGGAAAUGCGUUGUUGAGCAUGUUUGUGAAGUUGGGGAACUUGAGUGAUGCCUGGUAUGUGUUUGGUAAAAUGGAGGACAGAGAUGUGUUUUCUUGGAAUGUUUUGAUUGGUGGCUAUGCCAAAAAUGGAUAUUUUGAUGAGGCAUUGGAUUUGUAUCAUAAGAUGUUGUGGGCUGGUUAUAGGCCUGAUGUUUUUACUUUCCCCUGUGUUUUAAGAACUUGUGGGGGUAUGGGGGAUUGGAGUAGGGGUAGAGAAAUUCAUGAUCAUGUAAUUAGGUUUGGAUUUAUAUCAGAUGUUGAUGUGGUUAACGCUUUGAUUACUAUGUAUGUAAAAUGUCAUGAUUUGGGUAGUGCGAGAAUGGUGUUUGAUGGAAUGCUUAGGAGAGACAGGAUAUCAUGGAAUGCAAUGAUUUCAGGGUAUUUUGAGAAUGGUGAAUGUUUUGAGGGGUUGAGGUUGUUCUUUUUGAUGCGGGAGUAUUGUAUUAACCCGGAUUUGAUGACAAUGACUAGCGUGAUCUCGGCAUCUGAGGUUCUUGGUGAUGAGAGGUUUGGUAGGGCUCUGCAUGGAUAUGUGGUAAAGACUGAGUUUGGGGUUGAUGUUGCGGUGGAUAACACAUUGAUUCAGAUGUACUCAAGUGUUGGGAAGUGGGAGGAAGCUGAAAAAGUUUUUAACAGGAUUGAGUUAAAAGAUGUGGUUUCUUGGACAGCAAUGAUUUCUGCUUAUGAGAGUAAUAGUUUGCCUGAGAAGGCUGUUGAAACUUAUAAAACGAUGGAGCUACAUGGUAUUAUGCCAGAUGAGAUCACCAUCGCCAGUGUUUUGUCUGCAUGUACUUCUUUGAGUCUUUUCGACAUGGGUGUUAGGCUUCAUGAGCUUGCCAAGACUACAGGUCUUGUAUCAUAUGUUAUAGUUGCGAACACUCUUAUUGAUUUUUAUUCGAAAUGCAAAUGCAUUGAUAAGGCCCUGGAGAUCUUUCAUCGGAUAUCUGACAAGAACGUGAUAUCUUGGACAUCGAUUAUUCUCGGGCUUCGGAUCAACAACAGAAGUUUCGAAGCCUUGAUUUUCUUUAGGCAAAUGAAACUCAGUGUAAAUCCUAAUGAUGUUACAUUGAUCUCUGUUCUUGGUGCAUGUGCUAGAAUAGGAGCUUUGAUGUGUGCAAAGGAGAUACAUUCUCAUGUAUUAAGGAAUGGGUUGGCAUUUGACGGUUUUCUACCCAAUGCACUCCUAGACAUGUAUGUGCGAUGUGGAAGGAUGGCCCCUGCAUUGAAUCAAUUUAGAAUACAGAGACAGGACGUUGCUGCAUGGAAUAUUUUGCUAACAGGAUAUGCCCAGCGGGGGCAGGGUACGCAGGCCAUGGAGCUAUUUGAUAGAAUGGUGCAGUCGAAGGUUGAGCCAGAUGAAAUUACUUUUAUAUCUCUUCUAUGUGCUUGUAGUAGAUCGGGCAUGGUGAGCGAAGGCUUGACUUAUUUUGAGAGCAUGAGAGACGCUUACUGCAUUGCUCCAAAUUUGAAACAUUAUGCUUGUGUGGUAGAUUUACUUGGUCGUGCAGGGAAGGUCAAUGAUGCUCUUGAUUUUAUACAUAAAAUUCCCAUAAAAGCAGAUGCAGCUAUCUGGGGAGCCUUGUUGAAUUCAUGCAGAAUUCACCGACAAGUUGAUGUUGGGGAACUUGCAGCAAGGCACAUAGUGGAAAUGGAUAAAGAGAGUGUUGGUUACUACAUGCUCUUGUGCAAUUUCUACUCUGAGUGUGGUAAAUGGGAUGAUGUUGCACAUCUCAGGAGAAUGAUGAGAGAAAAAGGGAUUACUGUUGAUCCUGGAUGUAGUUGGGUAGAAGUAAAGGGCAAAGUCCAUGCCUUUCUAAGUGGUCACGAUUUCCACCCUCAAAUAAAAGAACUUAAUGCAGUUCUGGAGGGAUUUUAUGUUAAGAUGAGAGCAGAAGGUCUUACUGAGCCUCAGAGCUGUUUCGAAAAUGAACUUGAAGCUUCAAAAGCUGAGGUUUUUUGUGGACAUAGUGAGAGAUUGGCAAUUGCAUUUGCACUGAUAAACACUGUCCCUGGGAUGCCAAUUUGGAUAACAAAGAAUCUUUAUAUGUGUCAAAGCUGUCACAGCACUGUAAAGUUUAUUUCAAAGGUUGUUCGUAGAGAGAUAUCUGUGCGGGAUACUGAACAUUUCCAUCAUUUCAAGGAUGGGAAAUGCUCAUGCGGGGAUGAGGGUUAUUGGGGCCAUUCUUAGCUUCAGAUAGGUUCUAAUAUAUCCCACUUAUUCUCAGAAAAACGCUGGAUCAACAAAUUUAGCGGGUACCAUGUACAGUUUGACCGUUUGGAGCUGCAUCCAACUAUACCGCUUGGAAGAAGAGCAAACACAUGCCUUGUGAAAAAGCCUCAGCAGUUCAUUGCUUGAGAUAGCAGACUAACUGUUCUCCCUAGACGCCCUACUAAAUGUAUUGCUGUUAGACGUCGAAUUUGUUGGUCAAGUGAAUUGAGAUGCUUAGGUUGAAUAUUUGUUAGUAAAAACUAGGUUAGCUGCUUGGGACGUCAGUUGUACACCAUGAGGAGCCCAAUUUAACUCGUUGGCCCUCGUCUCUCUUCCCCUUGUACCACUUAACAGUCCUUAUACCAAAAAGAAAGUGAUAGUGAUAUUAGCAU